AUGGGAGACAACGCGCCUGUGAAAGACGUCAUCCAUACGAUAGCAGGAGGGUCAGAAGGAUGCUCCAACAGGAUGAGGAAAAGGUUCGAAAGAGAGCAUAGAUCAAACAAACGAACACAGCUAAUGAGGAUAACUACUGAACAAGAAAUCAUGUUCGGAGACUGCGAUGCGGGAGAAAGAGCAGGCGCAGAUAAUGAUCAAAUGGUAAUCAAGAUGGACAUAGCAAAUUUCACGGUCCAUAAAGUAUUAGUUGACAACGGGAGUUCGGCAGACAUCAUUUUCAGAGAGGUACUGAAGAAGAUGGAUUUGGAUAGUGUAAGAUUAAAACCUGUGAAAAUGCUCUGGUCAGCUUUGGAGGAGCGGAAGUCGAAUCGCUUGGGAGACCAGGGCGAAAUUACCGAAAAAAGAAGGCGCGAGGAUUCUAGCAAGACGGAGUGGCCAAAGCAGAUGGAACGGAUAGAACCAGUCGAUCACAAAGAAAUUGAACUUGUGCAAAGAGAUCCUAGUAAGAGAACGACGAUAGGAUCGAAACUAGGUGAAUUCGAAAAUGUCAUGGUCACUUUCCUCAGAAAAAAAGUGGAUAUGUUUGCGUGGGAUCCCACUAAUCUCAAAGGGAUAGACCCGGGAGUGAUAGUGCAUCGACUGAACGUCGACCCCGCUGCUCGACCAGUACAACAGAAAAAGAGAACCUUUGGAAUAGAUAAGAAUCGCAUUAUUGAGGAGGAGGUUAACAAGCUACUAAAGGCUGGGUACGUAUCAGAAGUUCAGUACACCGAUUGGUUAGCUAACAUGGUGAUGGUACCAAAGACAGCUGGCAAAUGGAGAAUGUGCACAGAUUUCACGGACCUAAACAAGGCUUGCCCCAAAAACCCUUAUCCUCUGUCUCGGAUCAAUUUGUUGGUGGACUCUACGGCAGGAUAG